AUGGGCGAUCGGAACCAAGUACUCGAGGAACUGCAGUGCAUCAUCUGCCACGAUUGCCUGUACAAGCCCUUGAGCUUGGGGUGCGGGCAUACGUUCUGUCGGUUGUGCUUGCUGCAGGCAUGUGAAGCGCAAGGUCCCGGCGUCCAAUGUUCGUGUCCAGUGUGUCGCGAGCAGAUUUGCGGCUGUAUCCGCGCCCUCAACGUCAACCUCACGCUAUGGAAUGUCAUUCGCAUCGUGUACCCCAACGGGAAAUCCGAGGCAGACGAAGAGGCAGCGUUUCAAUGUGCCAAAAAUUCGUUUGAGCUGCACCAGCAACUCCGUCGCUUGAUGCUUCCACCAGCGUCUGAAAGCGCAGAUGCCGUCAACGACAACCGUGAUGCGUGGGGGAAUAACCAAGAUCGGCGGCAACUUCGCGUUGAAAUCAGCGAUCACGAAGAAGCGAUGGCGCUGCUUGCAAGUGAUUCCGAUACCUUCGCGAGCGACAACGACGAUGAUGGCGACGACAAUACCAGUCCGUGGGUCGUGCGCGUAGAGAAUCUCGAGGCCGACGAGCUUCGCAUCCGCCGCAAUGUUGUCGUCGACCAAGAUGACAUCAACACGGACGGCAACCCCACGAUGCGGAACGCGUUUGGCAUUGUCGAGUUUCCGAGCGUCUUGGAAGCGUACGCGGAUGGCCAGGACUGCCAAAUUGCGCUGCUCCAACUGGAAGAGGACGAGGAGCAGACAGAAGGAUUUCCCGUUUUUAUGGCAGAAAGCGGCGACGACGACCGCCUCGUGUUUCCGCAGUACUUUAGCGACGUCCGGCUCACGGUGAGCCCGAUGGACGAUCCCGGUCAGCCCGUCUUAGUGCGAACGGUGAGUGCGAGCCACGGCAUGGUCGAGUUCAGGAAUCUUCGGCUGCAUGUCCCUCCCGGACACUAUUUGUUUCGAAUGGAAGACAUGGAGCGGGAAUUGUUUAUUGAAAUCAGAACCCACAUUGCGGACGGCGGACGGCCCGACGCUCCACGCAACGCGUCGCCACACCGGAUGCCGCAUCGACCGCGACAUGAUGUGUGGCGCUUGGCGGACAGCGGCAUGCAUCGCCCUCAGGCAUUGACUCUUCAUCGACAUGGAAGCGACGAGUUCUCCGACGACGAGAUCAUGUAUGAAAGUGCGAACGAGUACGACAGCGACGAUUCGUUCCUGGCGUCCGAAGACGAAGAUAGCAGGCGUCGGCAGAGACAGCGGUCGCUCGAGUCCGUCUACAGUGAUGAGGACGGGAGCGACGGAGAACACGUACCCGUUGAACCUGCCGCGCAGGAUGACGUGGAUGCGCCCAUGCAUGAACAAGAAGAUGAACACGAUGAUGAAGAGGACCACGACCCCAUCGUAGUUCGAGCUCCGGCUUCCCGAAAACGCAGCCGACGCCAAGUUACGUCGUCGGAGGAAGAAGACGACGAAGACAUGCCUCUGAAUCGGCUUGCAUUCAAGCGGCGGCAACGUGCCAUUGCAAACGAAGACGAAGACAGCGACGAUAUCUAAGCUCACCUGCGGUGGCUCCAACCGCCACCACCACCACCUCAACAUUCCUCAAGGCCUCUGCCUGUCAGCAACGGCGCCGGGAAGGCAGACUGACUUGCGUGCGAAAGGCUGCUUGCAUCGCGACCACCACGUCCCCGAUCUCCUUCUCUAUUUAACAAGCGCGGAGGCAAAGGCAAUUGGUAGGAGCGCUCGACUUGUAGAGGGCACCUUUGAACACAGAGAAACCAUUCCAAUUCAUA